CACCCAUUCUGAUCAUUCUGGAGAUGUCCUGUGUUUCAAGCAUCAUAAAGUCUGUACUGAGAAUUUGAGCUUGAAAUACUUCCAGGAUAGUUAGAACAACUGGAGCAGAGUAUUUCAGGCUCAAAUUUGGUGCAGAGUGUUUCAGGCUCAAAAUGUUUCAAAUCCAUAAUGUUUUUGCGCAUUGCUAAUACUGGGCAGGUUAGGUAUCAUCAAGGUUAGAACCUUUUUUGGGGAAGAAAAGAAGCCAUUAUGGAAAAGGAAACAUGCGGCAACAUCCAUGAGUUCUGCGUCUCACCGCUUAAUCCAAAUGGCUUUGGGGAAUUGUCUUUCAUAUCCAUUUCAAAGACUUUGACCGAUACAGAGACAAUAUCAUCAGGACCUCUGGCAGCUGGUGUUGCUAAAUCUUCUUUCCUUGUGAUACUCAUUUCUCUCACCCAGGCAAAGAAGGCUUGUUCUAUUAUUUCUUCUCCUCUCAAUUUAUCUUUCACCGCUGAACUAUCCCAGUAAUUUUAGGAACCUGGAAUGCCCUCAAGAGGGUAAGGAAAGCUGACAAUAGCCAGGAUAAUCCCUGUUGCCUUUUGUCUUUGUGCAGUUGUUAGGGCAGAGGUGAGAGCAACAAAUGUCCUUAGCUAUGAUUUCUAAAAGAAGGUUGGCUCCGCUCUGCAAAGUUGUGUAGCUCUGUUUCAUUCCACUCUCUGGCCAUCUUUUCAGUGUUUCUCAUUUGUUCUCUCUGUUUAGAUUUCUGUAGGUUGUGAGAAUACAGAGAUUUUUGUUACAGAUUCAAUAACUGGGCAAUCACAUUUCAGCAUGGAGAAUUCAGAUGCAUUCAGUUUUCUCCUCAUUGCUCUAAGCUACAAUGUGACGAUUAUAGGAAAGAUUUGGUUAGCAACUGUGAUCUUCUUGAGAUUUAUGGUGAUAUUCUUAGCAGCCUAUCCUCUCUAUCAAGAUGAGCAAGAACGCUUUAUCUGCAACACAUUGCAACCAGGAUGCUCCAAUGUGUGUUAUGAUCUCUUUGCUCCAAUAUCACACUUUCGUUUCUGGCUGAUUCAGACUUUGUUUGUCCUCCUUCCUUAUGUUGUUUUUGGUAUCUGUGUAUUGCACAAAAGGAAGACCUUAACUGGUUGCAAAAUUACAAAGGACUUCAAAAGUACAGCAAGAAAGAAUAAAAUUGGCAGGAGAAAUGAAACGGCUGUCCUGGAUUUUUCCAGGGCUUACAUGAUUCAUCUUAUUCUGAGAAUAUUGAUAGAGUCUGGCUUUGGAACUGGUCAUUACUAUCUCUUUGGAUUUUUUGUUCCGAAGCAUUUUUCAUGUGACCGCUUUCCUUGCACAAGUUUUGUUGAUUGCUACAUCUCAAGGCCAACUGAAAAAUCCAUCAUGAUGCUUUUUAUUUGGGGACUUGGUGGCUUCUCUUUUCUUCUUAGUCUUGUUGAUCUAAUCUUUGCUUUGCGAACCAAUGGUGUAAGAAAUCAUAGAAAUAAGCUUCUGUUGCAAAAGUUCAACUCAGAAGAGGAAGGUAGUCUUGACCAGCAGCAAGAUGACAAUAUUGCAGGCACUAUUCAUCAUGGAAGCAUGGCCAUCCCUGAUGAUGGUGGAAAAUGCUUGCUUGCUUGUGAGGCUACAGAGGACUGUCCUUUUCCAGCUACCAUGACCCUUCAGCAGACAAUUGGCUGUCAUCUCAACUGCAAUCAUAAUAAGUUAUAUAUUGAAUCUGCCAAUCAAGAUCUGCUUUUCAAUGAAGCUAAACCACAGGAGAGCCCAUCUGAGCAAUCAAGAAGUGAGCACCAGUCCUACUUUGCCAAAGAACCCUUGGCUUUUAAAUCCCAAGAGGUAUGCCAUCAUAGGUCUCAUUCAUUUGCAAGUUAUGACAAGCCCUCAGAUCAUUAUUCUACUCUGAAGAGAAAGACCUCUGAUAUUCCGUCUGUCUGUGAUAGUUCUCCGUGCUCAAAAUCCAAAAAAUCUGAAUGGGUAUAGAACGCCAGGAACCAAUACAGUAGUUAAAAAAAAAAAUCUCACGGAUCACAAAAUUAAAAGUGUCAUCAUUACACUUACAUUAUAAUUAAGUGGAAUUCUUUAGUUGAAAGAAGAGCUUUUAAAGAGUGUACUUUCAUAUUAAAUGAGCUUUUGGAAUGGGGUAAAACAAUUACUCUCAGAAACUUGUAGAGAUUCUGAGUGACACCAGGGUCACUAUUUCUGUUGUUAGUAUUUAUCAAAUGCUAUAGAAUUUAAGCGGUACAUUUCCUCCUCAUUAUUGGAUGAGAAACUGCUUAAAUUCAUUGCUUUAAAGAUGGAAAAUAAUAGGGUAAAAAAAGAAAAUAUUGGUGUUCACUUUUGUAUCAUGGUAUGUGUGACUGCUGCAAUCAUAAUCUCACCUUUUAUGAUAUUACUGUCCUGUCAUCAUGAUCUUUGUAUGAAGAAAAGGUCCUAGUUGCAACCCUCACUGAAAAUACAACACUAAACUACCACUGAAAAUCCUGUUCUGUGUGUUCUCACCUUGUAGCGUUAUAAAUGGGGGGGAGCUCUCUAUUUAUUGUACUAUCCAUAUAUAAUCAUGGAAUAGUUUGCCUUGUUGCAUACCAAAUCUCCAUUUUGAAUCCAGAAGAUCUGUAUGCUAAUAGCAGGGUGAAAAUUUGGAGAGGAUACUGGUCUUCAUAUUGUAUAAUUGAGCACACAUCUAUAAUUGAGCACACAUCUUUAUUUGGUACCUGAAAGAAAGCUUUUUGCAACUGUUGAUUUCCAAAAGCUAAUUUAUCAUUCCACAAUGUUUACAUUUUACAUGAAAUGUUUUAUCUGAGAUAUUCUCUAUAUCAGUGUUUCUCAUCCUUGGCAAUUUUAAGAUGCCUGGAAUCCAGACAUCUGAAAAUUGUCAAGAUUGACAAUCACUGAUCUAGAGGUAUUAGCCUUCAAUUCUAAGCCAAAAGUUACAAAGUAUGGGGAGAACAGCAGGAUGUGGAAGCUAGUCUAACCCUUAAAAUAUCAUAAUCCAAAAAUUGAGCCAGACAUCUUAAAAUCUUCAGUGCUUUAUAAUAUUUUCUAUCUUUGGCCUUGAAACAGAAAUGACUCAAAUGUUUGCAAAAUAACAAAUAAGUGCAGGCUUAAUUAUAUUGCAAAAUGUAUUGAAAACAAUCUAUUUUUUGUUGUUGUUCUCUUUUCAGUUCUGCUACUGAGACAUAGCUUUGGGCAAUACAGAUCCAAUUUAAUAAUGAAACAUUUGCUCAGGUGUUCAUUGGAUGGCAUAUAUAGGGCUUUCUCAUUUGUUUCAUAGUCAUUAGUCAAAAGACAUGGAGGAUGGAAAGUCUCCUUCUAUUAUUAAGUUCUUGUAUGUACAUAUUGAUGCAUUUAUCUUAAUAUGUGGACCGGAGGAGAGAGAGAGUCCCCGACUUACAUCCAGUCAUGUAGUGCCAUUUGAAGUUACAGCAGCACUGAAAAAAAAAAAAAAACCAACUUACAAACAGUCCUUGCAGUUAUGAGCAUUACAGCAUCCUCAGAGUCACAUUAAGAUUCAGGCACUUGUCAACCAGCAUGUAUGGUUGGGAUGAUGGUUGCAGCAUCCCAUGGCCACAUGAUUGCCAUCUGCAACUUUCCCAGCCAGCUUCUGCAAGCAAAGUCAAUGAGGGAAGCAGAUUUGCUUAACAAUCACUUAAUGACUAUGGCAGAAAAGAUCAUACAGGUGGGCACAACUCCCAAAACAACUGCUUUGCUUGGCAAUGGAAAUUCUUGUCUCAGUUGUGGUUGUAAGUUGAGGACUACCUAUACCACAGAUUUUACAAUCCUCAGGAAUUGUAAAUGUCCUCCAUUAAAGAAGGGGGGUCAACCCAAAGAAAAAAAUAGGAUCUAAAUGCAGACUUGAUUUCUAUAUUUUCCCAUAUAAUUCUGUGAUAAUUAUUUGUUUUUCCCUUUCAAGCAAAGAUUAUUCAAGUGAUAUAUAAUGUACCAGGAAAAGAAUUUGCACCCUUUUUAAUUUA